UGGAUAUGGAUGUGGACGCCUCGUGCGCUCUGAUCUUUGGCGCGAAGAGGCUGCACUCAGCGGCGCGCAAGGUGGCUAAAUGAAUCACCGCCCUCCCGGCUCCUCCAGCGUGCAAUGGCUUAACAGGAGAGACAUGAGUGUCCGAACGGAGGACAACAUCAGCUUGUGCCAAAGGGCCCUUCAGAUCGUUACGGAGCUCUGUCUAGCGGGGCAUGUAGAUGGGGAGAAAUGCUCGGCUAUAUUUCCCUUGGAGAGCAACAUACCAGACAUCUCUAUCAGUCUCCUUGCUGUGGUCGUGGGUUUCUGUGGACUCGCCCUGUUGGUAGUCUCUCUCUUUGUCUUUUGGAAGCUGUGCUGGCCCAUCUGGAGGAGCAAGGCCCUCUUGUCCCACGUCGACAAUGGCCCCCGGGUCGGGCUCCCCGAGGCCCCUCCACCGCCCCCCCAGCCCGUCACACCCCUCCAAAAGGUGGCACCAAUGGAGGAGGAGAAGAAGCCUGUGCCAGUGGUGAAGGUGAACGGGCGUUGCAGCUCCGUGAAGCUGCUAGAGGCAGCCAUGAAGAUCAGCCAGACAUCCCCGGACAUCCCUGCUGAGGUGCAGACGGCUCUCAGGGAGAGGCUGGGCCAGCAGGCCAAGAUUCAGAGGCAGACCACCGACCCCACCUCGUCCUCCAGGCACAAUUCAUUCCGCCGCCAUCUGCCUCGCCAGAUGAACGUGACGAGUGUGGACUUCAGCAUGGACACGCUCCCCAUCCGCCAGUCGUCCACCGUAAGCAUCGGCCGCAUCAAGCCCGAGCUCUACAAGCAGAAGUCUGUGGACUCCGAGGACGGGACCCAGGAGCCGGUGGAGACGUGCGGUAAGCUGAGCUUCUCCCUGCUCUACGACUACGAGGAACAGGCGCUGGUGGUCACGAUCCUCAAGGCCCUGGAACUGCCGGCCAAGGACUUCACUGGCACCUCCGACCCUUACGUCAAGAUCUACCUGCUGCCAGAGAGACAGAAGAAGUUCCAGACGCGUGUCCACCGCAAGACGCUCAACCCCACGUUCGACGAGGCCUUCUGCUUCCCCGUGGAGUACGAUCAGCUGUGCAACCGCAAACUGCACUUCAGUGUCUACGACUUUGACCGCUUCACCAGCCACGACAUGAUCGGCGAGGUGGUGGUGGACAACCUCUUUGAGCUCUCCGACCUCUCGAGGGAGGCAGUGGUGUGGAAGGACAUUCACGCUGCGACCACGGAGAGUGUGGAUCUGGGGGAGAUCAUGUACUCUCUAUGCUACCUGCCCACAGCAGGACGGAUGACCCUGACCGUCAUCAAGUGCCGGAACCUCAAAGCCAUGGACAUCACUGGCUCCUCAGAUCCCUAUGUAAAGGUUUCCCUGCUCUGUGACGGACGGAGGCUGAAGAAGCGGAAAACUACCACCAAGAAAAGCACACUGAACCCUGUGUACAACGAGGCCAUCAUCUUUGACAUCCCCCCAGAGAACGUGGAACAGGUCAGCCUGUCCAUCAUGGUGAUGGACUAUGACCGGGUGGGCCACAACGAGGUGAUAGGUGUGUGUCGGACUGGGCCAGAUGCUGAGGGCCUGGGGAGGUACCACUGGAACGAGAUGCUGGCCUACCCACGCAAGCCCAUUACUCACUGGCAUGCCCUGGGAGAGUGGCCAGGAAGAGCGACAAGCUUUGAGAGCCAGGGGUCUUGUCCUUCCCCCAAACCUCCACAAACUCCAUAGGAAACACGAAUGGAACCAUAUGACCUGAUAGCAGAUUAACUAGAUGUGUACAGCUGUGUUCAGAAAUGUCCAGUGCCAAGGUUCGAUUAGCAUUAUAGGUUGUGUUUAAUCAUCAUCAAUCAGGACUCUACAUUACAGAGUUAUGACACAAACAACAUUGGCACUGAAUUCAUGUCUUGCAGGAAGUGUUAGCCUACUUUUAAGUUAAAGGCCCAGUGCAGCCAAAAUUGGAUUUUUCUGUUUUGUAUCAUUGUAUAACUGCUGAUGAAACUAACACUGUAAAAGUGUGAUCACAAUUCCUGAGAGUUGUUAGUUGGAAAUACAAUAAAUUUGGUUAAUAGAACCAAUGACAAAGAGAGUUCCAAACCUCUCUGCCAAUAACAGCUAGUUUUCAGUUUCCCCUCCCCACUUAGACCACUCCCAGACAGUCCUUGUAAAAUUAUUGCUUGAGAAAUAGUAUUUUAUCUAAAAAGCAAUUUUAUCAUUUUUAAUGGAAAUCUAUUACAGUAAGGAAAUUAUUUGAUAGUGAUAUAAAAAUGACUGCAUUGGGCCUUUAAAAACAUUCUAUAAUAUGGCCUGAUUUUGAAAUGCGGUUAUGGACCACACAUGAGAAUGCCUUGUUCGUGGAAUCACAACAUUUUACAUUUAAUGUGAAUUUACAAAUUUCCAAAGUUUGUGUCUUGAAUAGUGUUAUCCAUGAUGAAUUCUCUAAUUGAAUCAUUGCUUCAGUAACCUUUAUCACAUACCAUUUACAGUAUUAUAUUGCUUGACUGGAGUGGAAAAUUAAUCUUGGUUCGUACUAUGGAAUUAAUCAACCAAUGGUGUACUCCUCAGAGUAAACAGUUUGAAUUAUCAGAAUUCGGUUUUCUGUCCUGUGCAAGCUAUUCAGUAUAGAGCUGUGAAAACAAUUGAUUUUACUUCUCAAGAGUUUUAUUUCCAUUGUACAUCGUGAGAGGCACUUGGGUCCGAAAGGCAUCAUAUCAGAUAAUAGCUUUGCAAAAUGGAGAUUUCAUCCUCUCAUUCCAAUGGUAUUGUAUUUGUUUCCUGAAUAGCAAUUUAUUACCACAAUACUACCAGUGGGCAUUAAGAGAACUAAACUUUGUAACAUACUUCAACACUUUCUGGUUGAUACAUUUGCCCAAGGCAUUCUGCUCCUCUCACAGUUAUUUAGUGAGUUGCCAUUUUCAUUUGGGAUGAUGUGAUACUAAAGGGCUAGGCUUGAUUCUAAGACCACAUGUCAACAUAGACAUACAGUAGACAAGCCAAGCUGUGCCCUGGGCGUAGCCACAGGGAACACAGAUAACCUAUCAACUCAAAGGGCUGGGUGAAUGUCCAAUCCCAGAGCAUACAGUAGUUUGCCAGUGGCACAUCACUAAUGAAUGCCAAUUGAUCCCAUUUAUUGAAAGAACAUGGUGCAUAUCUUACCAUAUCACAAGUGGGUUGCAGAUUCACUUGUCAUAGGAUCAACGAGAGUGCAAUACGUGGUAAGAGCAGCAGUAUUCUCCCGUGGACAGACUACGUAACAUAAAUGGUACCAUAAAUCUGUUAGGGGCAAUGGGAUGUGUCGACUAACAAGCAGAGUACUUUAGGUACUUGUUUUUUUUGGAUGUAUCAGGAUUGGGAAAAGAUAGAGUUUCCGUUUACGAGGGUGUAGACUUCGCAAGUCGCGUUAGAAAUUGUACUAACACGUCUCCCCCAAGAACUUAAUCUGGAUUAACUGAGAUUAGAGCAACAGUAGCCACACAAUGUAGCAUGGUGUUUUCAACUCUUGUGGGAGAUGAAAGUGAGACAAGCAUUGAAGCAACAAAAUGUUGAAAAUUACAGUGCCUUCAGAAUGUAUUCACAUCCCUUGAUUUGUUGUGUUACAAAGUAGAAUUAAGAUGGAUUUAAUUGUCAUUUUUUGUCAAAGAUCUUAACGAAAUACUCAUGUCAAAGUAGAAGAAAAAUUAUAAGAUUCGUAAAAAAGAAAUGUAAAACACUAUCUUGAUUAGAUAAGUAUUUAACCACAAUCAAUACAUGUUAGAAUCACCUUUGGCAGCAAUUUACAUCGGUGAGUCUUUCUGGGUAAGUCUCCAUGGACCCGAUUCCGAUUUAGGCAUAAUUUUCUUUCUUACACACAGCUUUCCUAUGCACAUCUCAGUAGUUAGUAUUCAGACUUCCCUUAUGAAGGUGCGUAACCAGCUUUGCAGGCAUGGUUCCCUUGCGCAUGUUGAAUACAUUUAAUUUGACCGCUGAAAACCCUCCUACUUGCUGGCCAACGGAUUUUUGCGUGGAGUUUUCAUUCAAGCAUGUAUCUUUGUAUUGAUUGGGUGUAAAUUUGCAAAAAUGUCUGUUUUCACUUUGUCAUUAAGGGGUAUUGUGUGUAGAUGGGUGAAUGUACUAUUUUUUAAAUCCAUUUUGAAUUCAGGCUGUAACACAACAAAAUGGAAUUAGUCAAAGGGUUUAAAUACUUUCUGAAAGCACUGUAUAAACAAAAAGUUUUCUUAUUGAUUGAUACACAUUUUAAUUGCAAACAUGUUCCCACAGCUGCUACACUGAAGAUUAUAAGCAUUUAAAUCUCACUCAACGUAAUUUGCUUCCGCCAGGACUCAAUACACUCAGAAAAGCAUGUCUGACCUCGUCACUUCUUAAGAACAUUUCAGUGUCCAAGGUCAUUUUUCUCUGAGACUUUGCCCAACGUUUUAGCUGUUACUGGAAUUGAUAGACAUCUUUAUGAUUGCUGAAAUGCAUUCUACUAAUUAAUCCAGAAAAGUAAAACCAUGCCAAUGAGAUCAAACUCAUUUAUGAUGUGUUUGAAGCAAGGUAAUUUAUUUGUUAAAGCUAAUGGCUUUCCUUUUUUCUUUAAAAUAUCGUCUUUGAUGUGUAUUUCACAUGUGCCAAAUAUGAUUUCAAAUAGCAACAAAAAAAAAGAUUAUUAAAAUUGUCUCUGACAAAUUAAUAUGGAUAUUUAGAAGAGUAAUUUGUUCUAGUUGUGGAGACAAAAAAAAGUGUUACGGGACAAAGGAAACAAACUUCCAUCAAUCACUAUAAGGUUCUAUCUGCAAAAAGAUGAUUCUAAGAAUUGGUUUUAGUUCUGAACCCUCAUUGGUUUGAAUGGUAUCAGCAAUUUUGAUCUUGAAUUCUUUUGAACUUAACAUGAAUUGGGGUAUUUCGAGUACUAUAUAGGAAUUGAACAGAACAAGGCUAUGUCAAUAACUACAUUUUGACUAAAAUGCAGAUAGAACAUUAUAGUCCGAAGCUCUCGAUUUGUUUAAUUUGAGUACAUUUUUCUUUACAAGCAGUCCAUUGUAAAUGCAUAUGGCCAAGCCCCAGAUUCCAAUUGUAAUUGUGUCUUCUGCAAUCACUUUAUGGAAAGCCUUAUGAAAUAAAGCCUUAUGAUAUCGAGUUUAGUACUCAAUCUGAAAACAUUACUAGAAUGAAUUUCAGUUGCACAUGUGAGUAAUAAUAUGAAAUAGUGAUGGGCAUAUCUGAGUCUUUUCGGUGAGCCGAAUCUCUUGUCUCCAUUCACCUUGAAGAGCUGUUAAUUUGGCUCCUAAAUGGCUCUUCGUUCAGUAGUGCUUAAAAAUGUAUGAAAAAUAUUUGUACAAAUCUAAUGUCAAGGCUAGAAAGUUGCACACUGUUUUCUCAGAUUGUGAAAUGUGAGUAAAAAAUAAUAAUUCCUAACUAAAUGAAAUUGAGAAUAGAGCGUGGACCAGAGUAAGGCUUUGUCCUCACUACCUAUUUGUUACUGCAGAUAAUCAUAGUUUGCAGCUCAUAAAGCAGUAGUAGCAGUAUACAAAUCAGGGAGGCAAAUUAAUGGCUCUUUCACAAAUGCGAUUCAGGUUCCUGACGUUCACCAAAAAGAGCCUUUCAAAAGAGCCGCUAGUUUGCGAAUGACCUAUCACUAAUAUGAACAUAGAAAAUACUAAGGCUGUGUACUGUUCAUUUAUUUUGCACAUUCAAAUAAUAAUGCUUCUGUUCCCAGGCUGGCCCCAAUAUAAAAACCAUAAGUAUUUGUACUUGUAGCAUGCGAGUCAAUAUAUUGAAGUAGUAUAAGAAUAUCAAAGAUCAAAGUUUCAUGAAUAUAUAAUAUAGUAUUUUAUAUUGCUAAUAUUUUACGUUUACAUUUGUACAUAGACCUCACAAUGCGAAUACUUGUAUAUAUCUAAAGUUUACUUCUAAGAACAUUUGUUGUUGAAAACUUGUUCAAAUGUUACUGUGUAUUUAUAUGGAUCGUUUGGUGAUAAUUUGUACAGCUCAAGCUUGUGUUUUUGGGUGACUUUAUACACAUUCCAUAUCAAUUGUGGAAUGAUUUGUCAUAUUGUAAGCAUAUCUAAGGCAACCCUCUACUUUUUCGGGACACUCCAUGCUUAGGAAUUUAGCGCUUUUUAGCUGAGAUUGUGUGCAUAAUGCUAACAUCAAUAGUAUAUUUAACAAGAACAGCAAUUGUAACUAUUUGUCAUGAAAUGUACAGUUUGUGAUAACUUUUGUAACAAUUUGCAGUAAACAUUUGAAAUAUAAUUUUACUUUAUCUGUUUCAUAUGUAUUUUAAAUAAAUAAAGAACAGAUCAUA